UGACCAAAAAAAAGGGGGUCUAUCCCUAAGAAGUUUUAAUUAAAGGAACUAUGUCCAUUCGUCAGGUUAGGACGCCGAGGGAUGAGAACACGUUGGUAUGUCGGGUACUGGUUCCCCGCAGUUAUGUUAUUAAUGACCGUGAGGGUAUGUGUUCGGCAGGCAGAUGCAGGAACGCCUCGAAAAGCAGGCUGCAGUUGCACACUAUUGAGUUUUUUUGGCGAAAGGCAAAGAUGGCCACACCGCUUGUUGAGCAUUUAUCUAGCUAGAACAUAAUAUAAGCUUGUCGUUAAUUGUGAAGCAAAGGACUAAAUAGUGGAUUCUGGCAGUAGCAUACAACGAACGAUUGUAUGUAUGUGAGAGACACCGUCAGAAGCUGUUUUGGUGGCGUGUCGAUGGCUAGCUAACUAACGUUAGUAUGAAUGGGAACGCGGUCGCUGUUUUGGCUGCAAUGAGCUUGAUAAUUGGCUAAAUAAAUUGCUAGAAGAAUAGUGAUAGUUAGCUAACGUUAACUGGUUUGCUUGCAUGGUCGCUUAAUGAUCUCGUAGCUAGCAGAAACAUUCGAUUAACGUUAGAUAAAUACCUAACGUUAGCCAGCCCGGUGGUUAGUAAGCUAACGUAAACAGCUACUGUAGCUAGCUAACUAACUUAUUUUGAUCACCGGACCCUUUUACAUUAUGAAAAACUGUGAGUACCAGCAAAUUGACCCAAGGGGACUUUCAAAACCCUCGUCAACGCAACCCUGUACCGAAAAUGUGCAGAGGCCUCGGAGAAAAUGGGAAGUAUUUCCAGGGAAAAAUCGCUUUUAUUGCGAUGGACGGAUUAUUCUGGCCAGACAAAAUGGUAUCCUGCCUCUGACACUCGGCCUUAUCAUUGUCACAAGUGGCCUCUUCUUUGCAUUCGAUUGCCCAUUCCUGGUGACUCACCUGACCGUCUGCAUACCUGUGAUUGGUGGAGUGUUGUUUGUGUUUGUGGUCACCUCCCUACUGCAGACCAGCUUUACAGACCCUGGAAUCCUGCCUAGGACCUUGCCAGAUGAGGCUGCAGACAUUGAGAAGCAGAUAGACACCUCAGGUUCCUCCACGUACCACCCCCCUCCGCGCACCAAAGAAAUCCUCAUUAACCAGCAGGUGGUGAAGCUUAAGUAUUGCUUCACCUGCAAGAUGUUCCGCCCUCCUCGAACCUCACACUGCAGCAUGUGUGACAACUGUGUGGAGCGGUUCGAUCACCAUUGCCCGUGGGUGGGGAACUGUGUGGGCAAGCGUAACUACCGCUUCUUCUACAGCUUCAUAGUCUCUCUCUCCUUCCACACCUCCUUCAUCUUCGGUUGUGUUGUCACACACCUCACGCUACGAUCCCAAGGAGGGAAUGGCUUAGUUCUGGCCUUACAGGAGAAUCCUGCCAGUGUGGUUGAACUAGUUAUUUGCUUCUUCUCCAUUUGGUCUAUUCUGGGGCUUUCAGGUUUCCAUACAUACUUGGUGGCCUUCAACCUCACAACAAAUGAAGAUAUAAAAGGCUCCUGGUUGAGUAAAAGAGGUGCAGAGGACUCUGGGAAUCCCUACACUUACGACAACAUCUUUACCAACUGCUGUGCAACGCUGUGUGGGCCCAUGCCCCCCAGUCUAAUUGACAGAAGAGGCUUUUUACCCCCUGAAGACAUUCCACCUGCUGUUGCAGUGGACAUGGGGCGGCCCCCUUUCCUGGCCAAGAAUGACACAAACAUGUGCACUCAGAGAACUAAGGACCUUCUGGAGAGGGUGUUCCGCUCUUCUGAGCUCCAGGGCCUCUGGCCCUCUGGCACCCCCAAGACUGCCCCUGGCCAGGAGUUGAGUGUCAGACCAGAGUCCAGGUCCCCAGCCCCCUCCUCCUCCGCUGGGCCUCCCACCACGAGCUGCUCAGGGUCUGCUGAUGGGCCUCUCCCCACCGGCUGUUCUGGGUCCGCCAAUGGGUUUCCCCCCACGGGCUGCUCUAGUUCUGCCAAUGUGCAUCCCCCCACAGGGUGUUCAGGGUGCCAGGCCCCGUCCAUGGAAUGUCCCCCUGUGAACAGCAGCAAGAGACCCUCACUGCACUCCAACAACCCGGCCUUCCGCCUGGCCAGUCCCUCUCCCUCCUUCACCCACAAUACCAUCAUCCUGGGAGACGCUCCUGACAUGGGCUUCAUCCCACUGCACUGAGCGGACUCUGGCUCCAGGAGGACUGCUUCAGUGAACAUUCCCCUUCCACACAGCUCCCUGGAACUCAUUAGUGGCUACACUGCCAUUAACCUUUGUACGGGCAUUUUUUUUAACCAUUCUCUUUUUCAUGGAACUUACUACGUCUUCUUCUAAACUCAGGACUUAAGCCAGUGUUUUCCCCUGUCCUGUUGGUGAUGAAUUAGCUGGUAAACAUUAUUUUCAUAGAAUGUUUUAUUCCUCAAAGGAAAGAUAUCCUACUGGCAGCAAGUUAAACUUGGUAACACUGACAAGCAUAGAUUUUAUACAAGUUUUAUACACUGAUUCAUAGAACAUUGUUUCACAAAGCUUCAAGCCAUAUGUACUCACUUGGCUGGUGUUCCAGCAUAGUAACUAAGUAAGCAGUCUCUUUGCCUUUUAUGUACUCAGUUGUAUUACCUCUUAUGCAAAUCAUUCAUACACUUAUGGCAAAAUAGGGGUGUGUGAAAGGGCUUUUGUUAGUGGAUAAGUAGGUUUUGGGCUACCUGGCUUCCUAUGCUCUUGGUCUUAGCUGUAGUGAAAACACCCAAGGUCUCCCAGUCUAAAAGGGCUCUUUGAAGUUCCACUCCCUCCUUCUCUACUGGCUUUUGGAUCGGCCAUGUUGUGGACAUGUUUAGUCCUUGGCUGCAGUUGAGACAUUGACUCAUUUUGAUUGGAUGAGGCGAGCUAUUGUCCGUAGUGGGCUGUUUCCCAAGGUUGCUGAUGACUGACAUCGUAAUCUGUUGGGCCUCUGUUUGUUAUUUAUCUUCUACUUAGGCUCAAAGUGUUCAGAUUGAUUGUUGGAUUUAAACUAUAUUUAUUUCUCACUGUGUUUAUGAGAGUGUCUGAGGCAGAGAGAGGGUGUAAAUGUGAUAGGGAAUUUAUUCUGGUAUUCUGUGUUUGAACUGACUGACUUUGACUGUCCAAGCUAAAUGAACAUGUGCUUUAGGAAAAAGUUCAUUGUGAGCUUGCAUUUUUGAUUGUCCUUUUUAAAUGUUCAUUUUACAUGUAUUCUAAUUUAAGCACUGAUCCAAAUACAGAUCCACUACUGCCUGCUGAGUUUCUUGUGUUUUGGAGGCCAGUUAAUAUAUUUUGACACAAUGUUAACUGUUCAAUUAACUUGCUAAGGAUAUUGAAAUGUGACACCUGGUUCCCUGUUUUUCCUCAUUGCAUUUUUACUGUAAUGGCAUAUUUGUUUUUUUGUAGAGAAGUAAGGUACAGAUUAAUAAUGUGAUAUGUAACUGUUUGAAGCACAGAACAUCUAGAAGUGUAAGAUGAUACUGCUUGCAGGCAUUGCCUUUAAGUGAACUUUGCCUGUGCUGCUAGUGGCAUGAAACCAUAUAUCCCUUGGACUGGUCGUUUAUCAUUGACUACUAUCUGUAACUACUAUUACACUGAAGGUACAAGGCCACAAGGGGGCAUUAUUUUUUUCCCCAAAUAACACCAUUAUUAUGUUCUAGGUACCUUUUUAUAGACUGUAGAGCAAUUGGGGUAGGUCCAUUGAUGCCUACUUUUCCUUCAAUAUACUUAAAUUAACUGUGUGUGUAGUUGUGGAGGACCGCUGUGUGGUAGUCAACCAUUUGUGUAUUCGUUCAUUUGAAACCUUAUAACUAGGUCAGUUGUAUCAAAGAUGUUCAGCGCUCCUACAACUGUUAUUAUGACUUUAAACUGUGCUUGUACUAUUAUGGGCUGUUUGAUUUGGUUUUGUAGUCUGUAGAUCAUUCCUGUGAGGAUUAAACGGAGGAACUGUA